AUUAACUGAUACAACUAUGGAUAAAACUACUCCUGUGACGUAUUUUGUACCCGGAAGUUGUGUCAGAGUGUCUUCUCUGAGUAAAUACACCAUCUUUACUUUCACUCACAAACGGUUUGUGUUUCACUUGAUCUACUGAAAAUGAGCAACCCAGAGAAACCCGCAGUGACUACUACUCCACACAUAGUGAAAGAGGAGCUCAUAGCAGCAGGAAAAUGGGUGCAGCUUGAGAAGACGACAUACAUGGACCCUGCAGGAAAUGUCAGGACCUGGGAGACGGCAAAGAGGACAACAAGACGGGCCAACACAGAAGCAGAUGGUGUUGGAAUCAUCGCCCUGCUCAAGCGGACCCUCCACAAAGACUGCGUAGUGAUGGUGAAGCAGUUCCGUCCUCCGAUGGGAUGCUGCACUCUGGAGUUCCCUGCAGGUUUGAUCGACGAAGGAGAAAGUGCAGAAGCUGCUGCCCUGAGAGAGCUGAAAGAAGAAACUGGCUACAAAGGAGAAGUAGUUGGUGUCACUCCAGUGACCUGUCUGGAUCCCGGUCUGUCUAACUGCACCACCCAGAUUGUCAUGGUGAACAUCAACGGAGAUGAAGGAGAGAAUAUAAACCCCACUCAGCAGCUCGGCGAUGGAGAGUUUGUGGAAGUCCUUCUUUUACCUCUCGACGAGUUCCAGAGGAAAAUAGACGAUCUGCUGAAGAAAGAAAAGAUUGUGGUGGACGCCAAAGUGUACAUCUUUGCCAUGGGGAUGGUUCAGGCCUUCUUUAAACCGAGAGAGCUGCCCGUCCUGAAGCAGUGAUUCAGACAUUAAAGAUGUUACUGUUACAGCAGGCUCCUACACAGGACUGGAAGAGUAGUGUUAGGGAAUGUAAAACUUCCAAACCUAAACAGGAAUUAGUAAGAAAUGUUGUUGCACUUUGGUUUUAGACGCGAUGUAAUCUCAUAUCUUAAUGAUUGUUUCUAUGAAGUGCAAUGACCAUCCACAGAGCACUCAGAUACUUCUCUGUGUGACCACGUACAUGUUUGUCAAAUAAUGGAACUGAACUUUGGAAAAGGGGUCAGACAGAUCUUUAGAACUGAACUCAUGAAGGAGCCCUGCUCACAUAACAUGUCCCACUGUGCUGUCAAACACCUGCAGACCUGAGGCAUACCACAGUGGCUGAUUGUUAAUGCAUGGCACACUCUCUGCAGGCAUUCUGUCAGGCUUCAGUUCUAGUUUUAUCCCUUAAACUACAAAAUCUUAAUUCCAGCUCUUUUAUGAGAUUAUAAGUAGUGUUACAAUUUGCAAUUUGCUGUCAUUUGUGAGACAUUCCUUCAGUUUUUCUAACAUAUCAUUCUCUGACUUGAAGAUCAUUUAGUUUUUACACUUUAAACAUUAUUCAUCAUCGGGUAUUGCUUAAAUAGUGUGCAAUUUCUGCUUCAUGUAAAAGUCAAUCUGAAUUCUUGCACUAUAUUUUAAGAGGAGCAGAAGAUGAUUAGGGUUGGAUUAGGAAGAACAUCUUUGAGUUCAGAGAUUAAACUCAGACUUCUGACUUUAUUUGUGAGGAAAUAAGUUUUAAAAAGAGAAAAUAAAAGAAGAAUCCAAAUUCUGACAUUAAAUUCAUAUUUCAAAGUUCAAAGUCAGCCAUCUUUGUUAAAGCACGACUUCUAAUUUCAAGAUUUCUGACCCGAAGUCAGAAUAGUAUUAACUCUGGAGAUGGAAUAGUGAGUUUAAAGUUUGAAUGAGUUCAAUUUGCUGAAUUUAAAGUCCAAUUGCUGAGAUUAAAGUCUGAAAUCUGAAUUCACAUUUUGAAUUUUGGGAGUACAGCUUCAUUUUGACUUUCAACUCAGCUCAGAUGACUUUAUUACUCUUACAUCUGAUCCUCCUGCAUAGUAGAGAGCUCAAUAAACCCACAAUUUGCUGCCUCACGUUGUUCCUUUAAAAUUUGCUAAGAGACAUUUUAGGACCGAGAUAUUUAACUCACUAACUCAUUCGGUUGUUGUAUUAACAUCAGUAUUAACAUGUGUGAGCUGAUUUUUAUGACCUGUAAUGUACAACAGAGGUACUGUAUCCACUAAGGAAGUGACUGGUUAAUAGGUAAUAACUCACGCUGUGCCUCCGACCUUGUUAUGGUGCAAUAACUGGUUAUGGAUGUUGUUGAAAUUAGGAAGUAAGGACCAAUGAAUAAAUUUAAUACAACCUUUGCUUUUA